CCUGACUGUCGGAGCAGCUCGGGCCGGGCUCGGCUCUGCUCGGUUUAUUUUCAUCCCGCCCUCCCAUCUCUACCGGAGCGGAGCGAGAUGACAUCUGGACACCGCGGCGUUUGGGUGCUUUGGAGUCGGACAGGCUGGACAGAACGGACCGGGGAACCAGGACGGACGCGGAGGUAGUGCAGACACUACCGGGAUAUCGGCGAUAUUUUGCGGGGGUGUCAGAGCUGAGAGGCCCCGGAGAGAAACCGAAGAGACACCGAGCGGUUCAGUGCACGGGAGCCGGGUUUGGUGCACUGCUGGCGGCUGCAGCUCCAGGCUGGAGGGCUGACUCAGAGACAUGUACCAGGUCCAGGGGAAAGGGGACAGGGUCGUUGCCAUGGUGCUGAAGGAGCUUCCUGGUAAAAAGUCAACCUCAGAAGGAAACGCCCUCCUCACCGUGACAACCAAGCAGCGGGAGCAGCAGGAGAGUCGACCCCUGCUGAGUCCCUCAAUCGAUGACUUCCUGUCCGAGAGCCGCAGCGACGCGUCCUCCUCCUCCCGCCCCCUCACCUCCAACACAGCAGUCCUGUCCACAGCUCUGGACCUGGUGGACCUCAGCGAGCCGGGUGGUUGCCGCGGGAACACCGAGCACCUGAGCGAGCUGGGCGGUUGCCGCGGUAACACCGAGCAGAGGAGGAGUCCCGUGAGGAGAAAGGGCAGCUCGCGGAGUCCCCGACGCCGGACCAGAGCGGAGGAGACGGAGCUCAUCCAGGUGGAGGCGCAAAGUCCCGCCUCUCUUGACUCAGUCAGUCUGCCGUCUCCUCGGGACAAAUGGGACGAGGUCAACCUGGACGUGGAGGACGCCGGAGGCAGGACGAGAGACGAGAGGCGCUGCACCUCCCACCACUCCUCCAGCGAACUGCUCUGGUCUGCAGAGUUUAAAACUGAUCCUCUAAUGAAGAACAUGCACAGCUUCGAUGACCUCGACUUCAUACCUUCAUCACAGGACUGUGCGGCAUCCAGACAGCGCAGACGAACGCGUUCCCUUCUGGCGAGCAAAGAGUCUCUGGAGGACGAGUUUGUCAGAGCGAAGGCUGCUGUGGAGUCGGACACAGAGUUCUGGGAUAAGAUGCAGGCCGAGUGGGAGGAGCUGGCUCGGAGGAACUGGCUGGAGGACUCUGAGGGCCAGGGCCCCAUCCCGCCCGCUGCCUCGCCUGCAGAGAAGGGCUACUUCUUCAAUGCCAACAACCCGUACCGGGACGCGCCCAGCGCCUUCGCCGAGGGUCAGGAGAAAGCUCGGGAAGGAGACCUGAACGCCGCCGUGCUGCUGCUGGAGGCCGCCAUCCUGCAGGACCCGCAGGACUCUGAGGCCUGGCAGGUUUUAGGAACGACUCAAGCUGAGAACGAGAACGAACAGGCCGCCAUCGUGUCGCUGCAGAGGUGUCUGGAGCUCCGCCCCAACAACCUUCCGGCUCUCAUGGCGCUCGCCGUCAGCUUCACCAACAGCGGCAUGCAGCGGGAGGCGUGCGAUGCUCUGCGCCGCUGGAUCAGCCAUAACCCCCGCUACAAACACCUGGCUGUGGACGGCAGGAGCCCGCUACAGGGCUCCCCGGCCACGCCACGCAGGGGCCCCCACAACACCUCCACACCUGCCAGCUCUGAGCUGCAGGAAGUGCUGCUCCUCUUCCAGGAAGCGGCUCUGUUGAAUCUGGACUGUGUGGAUCCAGACCUGCAGACCGGACUCGGAGUCCUCUUCAACCUCGGCUCGGACUUCAACAGAGCUGUGGAGGCGUUCAGCGCCGCGCUGUCCGUCAGACCACAGGAUGAAAACGGCAACUUUACAUCCAUAUAA